AUGGCGCAAAAACCGGUGGAGGUAUCUUCUGGCGAGUCCCAUGGAGAGUCAGAAGAGGAGGCGGACUCAGAGAAGACUCUGGAAGAGGUGGGGGAGACUUCCCCUCUGAGCAAGGCCGAGAUUCUCCGCGCCUUGCCUGAUGACGCCGAGGUCGACGCCCGUCAGGAGGUGAGGGAGCAACUCCUCGUCCCGACGAAGGGCAGGUCGUCGCUGGUGGCCCGUGGCGCCGCCUCCACCCCGACAUCUCCUGGGGCCGGAUCCGGCUCUGCCUCUGCACCGCCUGCUGCUGCUAGGACCCGAGCGCUCGCUCCUCAGGUCCCGAUGCUGUCGGGCUUCAAGCUUCCCAAGCGGAAGGUGGAGUACCUCGCGGUGGACUGGCCGACAUCUUCGGCGAAGAAGAGGAAGGAGGAUACGGCGGCCGUGCCUCCCUCCGCAGAGAAAGGAGGCAGCGGCACCUGCAUCUCCCCAGCCCGGUCGUCCUCGCGGGGCCAAGAGGAACAUUGCCGCGUGGAAACAGCCCCCAUGGCCCCGCUGGCUCCGGAGGUGCCGGCGCUUGGCGCGGCAGACCAGGUCCGAGCUGCUCCAGAGUCUACGAUCUCCCAAGCCCUGGUGACGAUGUCUCUUCCUCCCACCGCCGCAGCUCCACUCCCUGGUUCUCCUGUUCCUGCCACUGUCUUGGAGCGUGCCCUUUCGGAGAUGACCCAGCUGCAGGCGGAUCUCCUGAGCACGGACCCGCGCCUGGUGGUCGGGCGUCUGGAGUUGGCCUCUGGCUGGCUUCACUCCGACCUGGCGGUUCGCGCGGCGCUAGGCCAGGCUGCUGCGGCCUCGGAGAAGGAGAAGCGAGGAGCCGCCAGCGCGGCAGCCGAUCGCGAGGCGGCGCUGAAAGACGCCAAGGCCGCCCAUGACCGCUGCCAAGAGCUGGAGAGCGAGUUGCAAAGCCUGCACGACAAGCAUGCCGAGGAGGCCUGCCUUGACGAGCUGCUGGAGCCUGUAGCUGAGGAUCAAUACGAGGCGGCUGCUGCGGCCGUGCAAGAUCAGGUGGGGGCCUUGCUGAGGAAGUUCCGCGGCUUUGUCUUCGCUCCUCUGUCCGGCGAUGUCGUCGACCUUGCAGCUGGUGGUGAAGGUGAAGACAAGAUUGCUCACGGGGAAGCACCUUCCGCAGGCGACGGCGACGUCUAG